AUGUCUGCCCCAGAAGUUUAUUCAAUCGCUAAAUCGCCCAUUUCCUGCCAUUCCUUCAAUGCGGACCGCAGUCAGGUCGCUGUGAGUCUGAACGAUAACGAUGUACAAAUAUAUGAUCGCCGUGGCAAGGAAUGGCAGGUGACGGAGACACUCUCCGAGCACGAUAAAACUAUCACUUCCAUCGAUUGGGCUCCGAACUCGAACCGUAUCGUUACAGCAUCGCAAGAUCGCAAUGCAUAUGUGUGGCAGCAGAGCCCAGAUCCUCAAACCGGUAAAAUGGUCUGGAAGCCGACCUUGGUGCUGUUGCGGAUUAACAGGGCUGCUACGUUCGUCCGUUGGAGUCCGAACGAAGAUAAGUUUGCUGUUGCCAGUGGUGCUCGGGCGAUUGCAGUCUGCUCUUUUGAUUCCGAGAAUAACUGGUGGGUUGCUAGGCUCUUGAAGAAGCCCAUCAGGUCGACUGUACUCUCGGUCGACUGGCACCCCAACAAUGUACUACUGGCUGCUGGCAGUGCAGACAUGAAAGCUCGCGUCUUCUCUGCUUACAUCAAAGACGUCGACAAAAGGCCAGCUGCGUCUGUUUGGGGUGAAAAGCUGCCUUUCAACACCAUCUGCGGUGAAUAUAGCAGCCCUGCUGGUGGAUGGGUGCACGCAGUUGGCUUCUCUCCUUCUGGCGACGUUCUUGCUUUUGCUGGCCACGAUAGCUCUAUCACGGUCGUAUAUCCCAGUGGUCCUGCCGUCUACUGCAUCAGGAUCAACACCCUCCCGUAUGUGACCCUUACAUGGACAGCGGAAGACAUGAUAGUUGCCGCAGGUCACGAUUGUCAACCUAUUGUGUUCUCCGGCUCCGAGGGUGGCUGGGCAGCCGUAGGGAGCCUCGAUGACACGACGACAGGUGGUGCCAAGGCAGGCACUGCGCGUUCAGGACCUGUGGGGCGCUUGAACAGUGCAGCAUUCAAUACGUUUAGAAAUGCCGACUCGCGUGGACACAAUGCGGACACAGCGGGGGACACGGAACUUCUGACUGUGCAUCAGAACACGAUCACAAGCGUGAGGCCGUACGAAUACAGUUCUGACGGGUCUGUGGCUCGCGUGAGCACGUCUGGUGUCGACGGGAAACUUGUUGUGUGGAAUGUUAGCGCUGUCAGUACAGGUGGGCUUGCUGGACGUCUUGGGGGAAUGCGUAUCUGAGAAAGAAGUCUGAGGGAUGCCUUCGAUAUGUAAAGAUACAGUGGUAUAUGUGUAAUAAUACUAGUACUAGUAUAACAUGCUGUCUCCUAUACAGACUG